ACAAACGUGACCAAGGAGCGAGAUGAGUUUACAUAGUUUACAUUUGCACGGAGUUUAAAGUGCCGAUAUCUUCAAUUUAUUAUUGUUGAUGUUGCCCAGAAACUGCAGUCAUCUUACGUUGGUUGUAUCGUUUAAGUUGUCAAGCAUGAUGUCUGGCGCCCUGUUGUACCAAAAUUAACCGAACCAUUCCAGAAUUGCCAGCCGUACAAACGCAGCUAAGGCCGGUGGUGAAGCGACACGGCAGCUUGCUAUAAAGUGACACCGGGACAACAUUUCAUAAUGGCUGCUUUCAAGAUGCCUCAACCGGUUGCACCCUCUUCUGGGAACUCCAGUCCUACCCCGGCGCCUAUCCCUGCUAAAUGGAUAACGCUGGUGGAAGACCAGGAUGCGCGGAUAUUUACCUUCGGAUCAUGUAUGGCGUUGGCGGAUCUCCGAGGCGACGGAAAGUGCGCGCUGGUGGUGGGCGAACUCAGUCACACCAGCGGCGAAAUUCGACUGCGCUCACUGGACGGUCAGAUGUGGCGCGAUGCAUUCAAGCUGGCGGAAUUCCCGUCUGCCGUGCUUCCUCUGCAUCUGGAAACUCCAGACGCUGCCAAACGAAUUGUGCCAGCCAUUGCUGUGUCGGUUGGAAAUGCAGUUCUGAUCUAUAAAACGAUGAAACCUCUUUGUCGUUAUCAACUACCCCAUCUCCAGCCACUAAAAGAAGAGCAAGACUUAUGGACCGCUGCUAGAGAGAAGCGCUUAACGGUUCCAGAUUUAUUUAACAAGCUUAAUGCACUGAAAGAAACCUACUCGGAAGCAUUAUUCACACAGCGCACAAAAUCGUUUUUACUGAUCUCAAACGACGAGCGCGACUACUUCGUCCAGGAAUAUUCCGAAAAACCACUGUUUCGGUCUUCCGUGAUCACCUGCAUGGCUACCGUCAAUAAGAAGCUGAAAGAAGAGGGCAGCGAUCAAUACCUCGUGCUGGGCACGGAAAGCCGGCAUCUCUACAUCGUCGAUGCGCUGACUAAUCUAGUUAAAGCUCAGCACGAAGUCCCCGAUGUGCCGGCUGCCGUGGCCACCCACGGAACAUUCCAUGAGCGAUACCGAUUGUUCAUCUCGUGUCGUGACGGCAAGAUUUACACCAUUACAAAAGAUUUUUCGGAGAUCACAUGUGUCGCACCGAACGACCGUCCCAUUACGAUGCUCAACACCGGAAAACACCUGGUGGUUCCGUGUAUGGAUGGGGUCAUUUACUUCUACAAAGGAAAAAACAACGAACUACAUCACAAAUGUGAACAUCCCAUCGCAUGUGCGGAAGUGAUUAAAUACGAGCCGACCGGGUUUAAAGCCGUCGCGGUAGCGCUGAUGAACAAGGAGGUGCUGUUCUUCAAAGAGGACCAGUUAGUGGAUACGUUCACGUGUGAUGAUGUUGUUACGGCUAUGAAGUAUGGAAAGUUUGACCGGGAAGACGGAGCACUGGCACUGGUGUUACGAAACGGAACUGUCAUCAUCAAGCUGAUUAAGCGCCGAGCCAAAUUUGAGCAGAUAACAACCGAAAAGGUCAUAAAACCCAUUCAGCAGCUGAUACCAAAACGAUCUACAUUGUUCCUAGACCAAACGCAGCGAGAGAGGGAGAACUGCAAAAAAAUGAACACCGCUGUGUUCGACAAUAUCACCCGCAUGAAAUAUGAAAUAAAUAAGCGCUAUGCAGAAUCCUUGCAGCUUCAAAGCGGAAAUGCGUCUGUACAGGAGGAAGUCCUCAUAACUCCGCAGUUAUUGGGAUCGGGACCAUUUUUCAAACUGAUUGUUAGAGUACAAAACAUGUCAACGGAAACGGCCAUGACAGACUACAGUGUUUUCUUACAAAGCGACAAGACAAUGUACGCGCUACCACAAACAUACAUUGAGGUUCCAUUUGUGGUUCCGCGUGGAAAGUUCGCGUUCGCUCGACUGUUCAAAUUUAUCGGAAACCAACCUUCUCAAGGAGAGAUAACGAUUCACCUGUUCAAAGGCAGCCGUCCUGUGCCGGUAAUGUCCAUAGUUGCCGUGAUUCCGGAAUCUGACGUUGGACUAGUGUAGGGCGCGCAUGUGAAGUGGCGAGUGCCCGUGUCUUCCUGGAAGCACUUAGCGAUGGUUUAAUAAAGUGUCAUAUAGCAAGGAAAGCUUUUGUUGUUUGGCAACUAUACGAAAUAGAAUCUAGGCGUACAUUGUAUGAUAUUUUUUCAAUGCCGUAUCGCAGUUGCUGCAAUAACGGUUCAAUAUGGGUAAACAUCGUGGUUGUUUACACUGCAUGUGGAAACGGUACCGGCACCCGGCAAAAAAAGUGCUGUUAUAAUUAUCUUAGACACUUUGUACGUACUGUAUAAUUUUUUUAUCACCUGU